UGCAUCUUUUUUUUUCUUUCUCUUUUAUACACGACACUCUAUUCCAUUUGAAUAAUCAGCACACGACAGCCAUCCUCUAACAGCCUUUAUUGUUUCAUUGUUUUUCUCCUUCUCCUUCUCAAGCCUCAAGUUCAUAUAUUCCUUGAAGAACCAUGAAGAAAAAAGUGCUAUUGAUGGGAAAGAGUGGGUCAGGCAAGACCUCCAUGCGCUCCAUCAUUUUCUCAAAUUAUAUUGCAAGAGACACUCGUCGUCUUGGUGCAACCAUUGAUGUCGAGAAUUCACACGUCCGCUUUCUUGGAAACUUGGUAUUGAACUUGUGGGAUUGUGGAGGUCAGGAGGCAUUCAUGGAAAAUUACUUUGCAUCGCAACGUGAUCAUAUCUUUAAAAACGUCGAAGUGUUAAUUUAUGUCUUCGAUGUGGAAAGCAGGGAUGUUGAAAAGGAUAUGCAUUAUUAUCAAUCAUGCUUGGAAGCCAUCAUGACCAAUUCCAAAGAUGCAAAGAUCUUUUGUUUAAUUCAUAAGAUGGAUCUUGUACAGGAGGAUCAACGUGAUAAGAUCUAUAAUGAACGUGUCCUCGAAUUACAGACACGAUCUUUGCCUCUUCAAGUGAUACCCUUCAGGACUUCAAUUUGGGAUGAGACAUUGUACAAGGCAUGGUCAUCCAUUGUGUAUUCACUGAUCCCAAAUGUUCAACUUUUGGAGAGUCAUUUGGACAACUUUUGUAGGAUUUGUGAAGCGGAUGAAAUUGUCCUGUUUGAACGAAUGACAUUCUUGGUGAUUGCACAUUCCACACGUAUUGAUUAUGGUGAUGUGCAUCGGUUUGAAAAAAUCAGCAACAUUAUCAAGCAAUUCAAGCUGUCGUGCUCUAGGACACAGGGUAGCUUCCAAAGCAUGGAAGUACGACAUUCCAACUUUGCAGGAUUUAUCGAUUACUUGACAGGCAAUACAUAUGUUAUGGUUAUCAUGUCGGACCCAACUAUCCAAUCUGCUGCAACUCUUAUGAACAUCAGUGUUGCCAGAAAGCAUUUUGAAAAAUUGGAAGGAGCACAGUUCUCAAAGUAGACGAAGCUCAAUAAAUAUAUAUAUAAUUGUAUCAAUUGAUUUUUUUAAAGAGCGCGCAGCCUAUGAUAUAAUUUAAACAAACCUGUGCACGUG